AUGUAUCGCAUGGUACGCGUUUGUGCAGCUGACCAACCUUUACAACGGAUUGUCUGGAGAGAUUCGAACGACGUGCCCAUCCGAACUUUUGAACUUACCACUGUUACAUAUGGCACUGCUUCUGCACCAUAUCUCGCCACGAAAUGCCUGCAACAGUUAGCUAAAGAAGGAACCAAAACACAUACUGCUGCUGCUAAAGUACUUAAAGAAGACUUCUAUGUGGAUGAUAUGCUGUCAGGCGUCAGUACUGUGGAAGAAGGAAAACUGUUGAUAAAGGAGUUGAUUGAUCUUCUACAGUCAGCUGGAUUUUCACUUCGAAAAUGGAACUCAAACAGUGAAGAGUUGAUGCAGAAUGUGCCAGAACACCUCAGAGAUGAACGAACCAUGUUGGAAUUAGAUUCGUCCAGUGCGACCAUUAAAACGCUAGGACUAGUUUGGGAACCAAAUACCGACAGUUUUCGAAUUAGCACACCAAAAUGGGAAAACGACACUCCCAUCACUAAAAGAAUAAUUCUUUCCGACGCUUCUCGAAUAUUUGAUCCCUUGGGUAUCGUUGGCCCGGUUGUCAUUCAAGCGAAACUAUUCAUCCAAAAUUUAUGGAAACUUCAGUGCUCAUGGGACGAUCCAAUUUCUCAUGAAAUGCAAGAAUAUUGGCUAGAAUAUCGACGCAAUUUGGCAGCAUUAGACGAUAUUUUAGUGCCUCGAUGGAUCGGUGUCGGCGGAGAAACUUGGAAUCUUGACCAAUCUUUGGAAUUUCACGGGUUUUGUGACGCUUCUGAAAAGGCUUAUGGUGCAUGUAUUUACCUGAGAACAGUAACAAAGAGUGGGGCGAUUGUAGUGCGAUUGGUGACCUCUAAAUCACGGGUCGCUCCUCUCGACAAUCCAACAAAGAAAAAGAAACGUCAAACCAUUCCACGACUGGAGUUAUCAUCCGCUUUGCUACUCGCUCACUUGUACGAAAAGGUUAUGCAGGGUUUGCGGAUUCCCGGGAAGCUGUUCCUUUGGACUGAUUCAAUGAUCGUCAAAUGUUGGCUGUCCUCGUUGCCAUCCAGGUGGAAGCAGUUUGUGGCAAACAGAGUAUCUGAAAUUCAGCAUAUCACGAGACAUGGUGUUUGGAAACAUGUUGCAGGAGUUGAAAAUCCGGCAGAUGUAAUUUCUCGUGGUAUGACCCCUGCACAACUCAAGUAUCAAACAAUGUGGUUCAGCAGACCCCAAUGGCUUUUAUUGGAUGAAGCUCAGUGGCCCAGAACACAAGCAACUAUUGAGUCGGAACUUGAUGUAACAGAGUUGGAAGAGAGCUGCGUUACGGUAACUCUUCAGAGCACUCCUCCCAGUGAAUUUUUCGGAUUAAGAUCGUCGUUCACGGAACUGAUACGGCUCGCAGCGAUAGUGAAACGCUUUCAAUUCAACGCUCGAAAGACAAACCGCAAUUGUAGACGACUCGGAUUUCUGACAACUACUGACCUCAAUGAAGCUCUUGUAACUUUAGUGAAGCUUGCUCAACAAGAAAGUUUUCCCCAGGAACUUGCUGACUUGACAAAACGGGGCUGUGUUCAGGAUUCAUCAAGAAUACAAUCCCUCAACCCGAUCAUUAUAGAAGGCGUCCUCUGUGUUGGAGGACGUUUACGAAAUGCUAGUAUUUCUGCGAGUCGUAAGCAUCCUUAUAUUUUAGAUCCACAACAUCCGUUGACAAAAAUCAUUGUGGUACAUUAUCAUCGAAAGCUGUUUCAUGCCGGGCAACAACUAUUGAUAUCAAUGACGCAAGACAUCAGGAUUCCAGCCCCCGAUCUCCUGGAGGUGGAGAAGGAGAUUGACCAUCUGAAAAACAAUAAAGCUGCUGGAGUGGACCAACUUCCCAGCGAGUUAUCGAAAUACGGUGGUGAAGCACUGGCUAGAGCCGUGCACUGGGCCAUUGUCAAGGUUUGGGAAGAAAGAGUACUGGAACUGGAGGAGUGGAUGGAGGUGAAGCACAAGAUUGCACGGAAGCGGCCGUUCAUCAGCAAGGCAAAUAAGGCGAUCCGGCUGAAAUUUGCCAAUGAGCACGCAGACAAAUCAAUGGAAUAUUUGAAAACAGUGCUCUGGACGGACGAAUCCAAGUUCGAAAUCUUCAAUUAG